AGACCAAUUAACUGGCACUUAAAGAUGGAUUUUUCGUGGGUUUUCCUCUUCCUUGCUUCUGUACACAUUUGUGGUCACGUUGGUUGUAUAGAGACCAGAGGAGGCACAGAAGGAAGAUACGCAGGACCAGAAGCCAUUAAAUUAGACGUUGCAAAGAAGCCCAGUGUUAGAUAUUUUGAUUCUAAAGAUGUGACUGUUGAUGGACUGAACUUUAAAGGGUAUGAGCCAAAGCUUAACGUCAAUGUGACUGCAGUUCUUCAUUCUUCCUCCACCCUGCUGAACAUAGAAGCUCCACGCCGACUUAAGAACGUCCAAAUUUCUGACCAAGAGGGUGUAAACCUGCUGGUGAUAACGACAAGUGGCUACGGAUGUGAGAGUCUCUUCUUUGAGUUCCGGGAUUUGACCUAUGCCAACAUUACAAAGGGAGCAUUUGAGAGCAGAAUAGAGGAGUUGAAGCUACCAGAAGGUGCUCAAACUACCGAGGAAUCCCAGAGCAUUACUGCAUUUGACCUUGAAAAUACAAGCAUGAACAGUUUACGUAUCAUUAAAGAUAGUUUCAGUGGCAUAAGUAGUGUUUCAUACAACCUCAAAACUCCAGUCAGGACUGUUCGUUCUAAUGGUACUGUCAUUUGGUUUGGAAGUGAUGGUACAUGCUCACUUGUGGAGACAUUUUCAGAUGGCAAGGAGACUCUGCUCAAGAUACUUGUGAAGACGGUGUUACUCGCUGGUCAGAAACCUGAUGAAACUUACGCAAUGUACUUUAUAACUACGGGCGAUAAUAAAUGGAGGAGAAUGUACGAACAGGAGUUUGAUGAGAGAUUGGAAAAUAUGAAGGUAGAGGGCGUGGAAGGCUCCAAUGGUUCCAUAGAGUUGGAGGAUACAUUCUCAGUUCUUCAGCUCACUCAUGUAGUUGAAUGAGAGUGUCUGGAUGUAGUCUAUUCUAAAGCAUCUAUGGAGAAGUACGGACUCACUCUGUAUGCUUGGAGGAUCUUGCAGUGGCAGUUAUUCAGCAAUUUAAGGAGUAGCUCAUGCUCCGGGUUACUAAUUCCCAGGUAUACAACAUACAAGUCUGCAGGGAAUUUCGAGGGUAACCCUUUACAAUGCAGUUACCAUUUAAACACUCAUUAGAGUCACAAUUUAAACCAAAGGUUUAGCGAAUGCAGUUGUAAAAUAGGUGACUGUAUGCCACCAGAACAGGACAAUGCAGAGUCUCACAAAGUGGACAAGAAUUACUCUGCUUAAACACGUUAUAUCCUGAAUUAACACACUUGGAUUUUAACCGACACUGAACGUCUCUCGGGUCUAGCCUCUAACCAAUUACUGUAAACUGGGCAUUUCACAUGCCCUGGAUGGUUAGUGGGACGCCUAUACAUUUUAACAAUCGCUCAUUCACUCAUUCAGUGGACAGUGAAAAUUCUGUAUCGGCCUCAGAAUGGUCGAGAAUAAAAGAGUAUAAGGGUGA